CAUUCUCUGGAUGCUUAUCCUUUCUAAACGUCUGCAAGCCUCGCUCCUGUAUUAAAACAACAUGAAGACGGUUUUCAUCUGUGUUCUCCUUUUCCUAGGAGUAUCUGCCACCCCUAUUAAUGAUGCUUUGCAUCAGAGCAGAAAAUCGGCUCUUUCAAGCGACCUUGGUCUAAUGGAACUCUUGGAGGAUUUAAUGAAAGGAGAUGGCUUUGAGACAAUUAUGAAGGUAAUUGACGUAGCCCACAAGAUCGAAAGCAUAAUCAAGGAAAUUCGCACGAAGGUUCCUGAAGCUUACGAAGAAAUCCGCGAGGUGGCCGAAGAACUUAUUGCAGAUGUCAAAGAAGUUGUUGAAGAAAUCAAACAACUCUUGCAUAAGGAUCCCAAGGGUUACGGAUUUAAUCUUCUUGAUGGUCUCACCAAGCUAACAGAUGGUACCAAGUUGGGAACGAUUAUGAGGAUCCUUAGCAUCGCUGACAAGGCUCACAAAGUGGUGACGGACCUGAAAAAUUUUGUCCCAGAUUUAAAGAACCACCUUGAAAGUUUGACCGGAAAGUUGACGGAAUCUAUGAAAGACUUACUCCACCACACACUCCAUGAGUUGGGUCUUGACUCAAAACAAAAUCAAAACGGUGUCGUUCGCAUGGAUAUCGGAAAGCUGGUUAAUGAUCUCUUGGAGCAUGUUGGGGACGGAAUUCUUUUCAAGAUUCUGGACCUGGUCACCAAAGUUGAAAAAGCUAUCAACGACAUCAAAUCCAAAGUUCCCGAAAUCUACCUUGAAGUCAAAGACUUAGCUCAAGAAAUAUUGGCAGACAUCCGAGAAGUUUUACAUGAAAUCAAGGAAUUACUAGGCGUCGGUUAUGGUUUCUUGGAUAUGUUAGGCAAGUUGACUGACGGGACUAGCAUGGGGACCAUAGUCCGAGUGCUGUCUAUUGUGGAGAAAUUCAAUAAGCUCGCUCAAGAUGUUAAGACCAUUGGUCCUCAUGCGGAAGACCUCCUUAAACAUACUGUAAAGUUAGUAGCUGACAGUGCAAAAGACUUUAUAAAACAUGCCGUGGAUCUCCUUUCUUAAAUAGGCGUGUCUUCUCAAAUCCUGUUUUAAAACAGUCUACUCCAGUCUACUGUCAAAACACAAAACAUCUACAGAGAUGUUUCAUGUCUACUGUUUGAACACAUGAAAAUAAUUCAACCACCAAAAAAAAACUGUAUUAUAGUGAAAAAUAAAGUUUACAAAAACGCUUA